UCAGGAGUGCCCGGCCUCCACAGCACGCCCCUGGCUGCUGCCCGGGCCCAACCCUCUCCUGUGCUGUCCCACGUCUGUCCCCUCUCCUGUGCUGUCCCCUCUCCUGUGCUGUCCCCUCUCCUGUGCUGUCCCUUCUCUGCCCAGCUCUGUCCCCUCUCUGCACAGCUCCAUCCCCUCUCCUGUGCUGUCCCCUCCCUGCCCAGCCCGGUUCCCGGGAUGGCCCUGGGGCUGGCCCUGGGUCCGGCCCUGGCACGGGCGCUGGGGCUGGCGCUGCUGGCAGCCGGUGCCGUGGCGCCGGUGAAGGACCCGCUGCUGAAUGUCUGCAUGGAUGCCAAGCACCACAAGAGCCGGCCUGGCCCCGAGGGACAGCUGUAUGAGCAGUGCUCCCCCUGGAAGGACAACGCCUGCUGCACAGCCAACACCAGCUCGGAGGCCCACAAGGACCAAUCCUACCUCUACAACUUCAACUGGAACCACUGCGGGGUGAUGCCACCCAAAUGCAAGCGCCACUUCAUCCAGGACACCUGCUUGUACGAGUGCUCACCCAACCUGGGGCCCUGGAUUCAGCAGGCUGACAGCAGCUGGCGCCGGGAGAGGAUUCUGCACGUGCCCCUGUGCAGGGAGGACUGCGAGCAGUGGUGGGAGGACUGCAGGGACGCCCUCACCUGCAAAGAGAACUGGCACCAGGGCUGGAACUGGGCCACAGGGAGGAACCGCUGUCCCUGGGGCUCCAUGUGCAGACCCUUCAGCCAGGUGUUCCCCCGGCCCAAGGACCUGUGCGAGAAGAUCUGGUCCAACUCGUUCAGGUACAGCCCCGAGCCCCGGGGCAGCGGGCGCUGCAUCCAGAUGUGGUUCGACCCCGCCCGGGGCAACCCCAACGCGGCCGUGGCGAAGUACUACGCUUGGAGAAAGAGAUCCUCGGCUGCCGAGGGGGAGGAGGACGCGGCUCCCGAGAGCGCCCGGGCUGUGCGCGCCCGGCCACCGCCUGUCCUGCUCCUGCUGCCCCUGGCCCCCGUGCUGCUCCCCGGGGGCUCCCAGCCGUGGGGGUCCCUGUGACCACUCUGCCAAGGGGCAUGGCCUGCCCUGCUCCAGCUGCCCUGCAGAGGAACUGGCACAGGCGGCUCUGUCUGUCUGUCUGUCUGUCCCAGUGCUCAGCAGAAGUCGUGUUCUUGGACCGUGGUACCUCUUGGCUGCUGCCCGCACCGGGGGUUCUCCUGCCUCUGAGGGAAGAGCGGUGCGGUCUGAGCUCUGUGGGAGCUCCUGCACAUCUGUCCCAGGCCAUGGCCCGUGUGUGCUGCCUCGGCUCAGCUCCGGUGCCCGCUCCUUUGGGCUGCUGCGACUCCCUGGAGGGUGGCUUUGGUAAUAAAGUCUUGCUCUGGAUCA